UCCGCCGCCAACACUGCACGCUCCAAACACCGCCGACAUCACUGCCAACGCCGCCUGCGCCUCCGCUACGACACCUUUCCGCGGGCUGAGACCCUCCGACGAUUCCACCGCGAGCACCAUGAGCUCACAGCGUUAUGAGCGGGUCGCCGGAACAGAUGAAGACGACCAUGUAGCAUCGAAUGCCCCCAUCGCUCUCCCCGACUCCCCGCCACCAUCUUUCCGAUCGCGCAACUCAUCCCGGCGAGCGUCAAGAGACAACCACUCGAUCGAAGACGAGCGCGAACUAGAUGACGCCUUUGGCGCACCUUCAGACGACGAGGAUGACGAUGACGACACACGCGACCGGAGGCGACUGAUACUUGGGGACGAGGGGCCAUCCGGACCAGCGCCGCCUACCAGAAGACCUGAAGCGCCACAUCGAGAGGUCACCGAGAUACCUUCGUACGUGCCCGCCGCCGCGCCCGGUUCGUCAAACGGACGGGUAGUGGGUGGCGGGCAGAACGACGGAGUGUGGGCAAACCUGAACGCAAAGCCACGGCCUGGAGAUGACGUUGACGAGAAACCACCGACAUACGAACAGGCUGCGGCUGAUGCGACACCGCCUUACUGGGAGACAACCGUUCUCUCGCCCUACAACAUGACUGGCAAUCCGGAUGAUGUGUUCAUCGAUGGAUUAUUAGUCGGCAGCAUUUUCAGUUUCAUCUGGAACGCACUCAUCUCCAUGUCCUUCCAGCUGAUUGGCUUUUUGCUUACAUAUCUCUUACACACAACACAUGCGGCGAAGAAUGGAUCAAGAGCUGGACUGGGCGUCACACUUGUACAGUAUGGCUUUCAAAUGCGAUAUGCGAGUACAAUAGGCGGAGGAAACUCCGAUCCUUCACCUGGUGCUCCUACAGAUGGCGUACCCGACGAUCCGAACUCGCACGAUUUCGAUCCUGGACAAGUCACGGGAGGCGAUUCCGGCUCAGGCGGUAGCGGACUGAGCACGACAGAUUGGCUUUCAUAUGUCUUGAUGAUUGUGGGAUGGUUCAUCCUCAUUCGAGCCGUGAGCGAUUUCCUCAAAGCCAGACGGCAGGAAGCCCUUGUGCGGUCUUCGCCAGACAGAGGGCUCGGUGUCGCAGUCGUGGCGGAAAACGAGACACCUGCGCAGGCCGUAUGAGUGGACAGUUUUAAUUAUUGUAGCGAGCGAGUCUUUUCAUUUUUGGAGUACACACUCUACGAGUUACGCAUGGAGUUUACUAGCAUGGGAGAGAAGUACCUGCUUAGGAUUGUAACACGCUAAUACGCGCCUUACCUCUGCACCGACA